UUCAACUACGGAAUAAUAUCAUGCAAAUAUAUCAUGCAAAGUUAAGUAGGUGUACAAUAGAAAUAAAUCUGUGAGUAUAUUCAAGCAUAUGCAAAAAAGGGAAAAUACAUUAUAGUUGAUACACCACUUAUUCAUAAAAUUUAAUUAUUGUUUAAGAUUAUAACACAUUUGCAAUUUACUUCUAAUACAAUUAACCAAUACUCAAAUAAAAGCUUAAGAAUAAUUGAAGGAGAAAAAAGAAAAAAGUACCCUAAUAAAAAUAUGUUUAUUAUACCAACCAAGUAACAUUACUAUCUAAUAUCCAAUUAUAAAUUUUAUGUUUAAUUUUAUUACAUGUUUUGUUCUGGAGUUCAAUGGGACAUAGACUUUUGCUGAGGAAUAGGUUCUUUGACAUUUAGUUUUUGAGAUUUUGGGGAUAAUAAAAUUUCCAUUCAGAGCUGUUGACAAUGAGAUAUAAAAUGUAGGUAUUGCACGUUUUUACACAAGAGCCUAACUACAGCUUUCCAGUAAAUUUAAUCAAGUCAUCGUCAAGUCACAUCAUCGGCGUUGACGUCAAAUAAAGAAAACAACAAUGGCUUAAAACAAGCAAAUCAUCCUAUAAUCUCCCUCAAAUCGGUUAAUGCAGGCAUAAUUGAGGCCCAAACAAUCAAUAAGAUGAAGCAGCUACAACAACUGGGAAGACAAGAGUCCAGAGAUGGAGAGUGGCAAGUAUCCCGACCACGAAAAUCUCGACGGUUUGUUGUGGGGCGCAAUGAUGAGCAAAACCAAAUACAAGCAGUCCCAAAAUUCUCAUCGCUGUAUGUAACCAGAUUAGCCCCUGGUACGAAGCCAGAGGAGCUGCAGGCCUUCCUUCUUUUUGUUGUUUUGUGUUGCCGUUUUUUGUAAAGAAAAGGGUGUUACCAACUCAGGCGGAUCCUUAGAUCAGACGAAACAUCAGGUUACCACUCUACAUUUACAACUGAAGAAUAUGAUAUAAUCACUUUAACCGAAACCUGGCUCACAGAUGGUUUCCAUGAUGCAGAGCUGUUAGACAACAGAUAUAGUAUAAUGAGAAGUGACAGGAAAGAUGGUCAAAGGGGAGGUGGGAUUCUUGUAGGAGCUAAGAAGAACUUGGACAUGAAGCUCGUCCCCAUUAAUAUCCCUGAGGAUUCUAGUCUUGAGUGCUUACUGGUAAAAAUUACAAUUAAAAAGAAAUAUUUUUAUUUAUGUGCAGUCUAUAUUCCACCAAAUGCAAAUGUUGAUAUAUAUGUGCAACUUUUUAACCUCUUUGAAUGUAUCUUAGAUAAGGAUGUAAAUAUAAUUAUCUUAGGAGAUUUUAACCUACCAUUCUAUGUAACAGAAGGCUGUGAGAAAAGUAAGUUGAUAAAUAAGUUUUUAAAUUUUUAUAAUUUAGACCAGGAUAUUAAUGUCUUUAACAAAAUGAAAAGAAAACUGGAUCUUGUACUAUCUAAUAUGCAAUUAACUAAUUUAGAACACUGUGGUAAUCCAAUUCUUGAUGAAGAUCAAUACCAUCCUGCUUUAAGUAUGGUUUUGCCGAUAUCUUUGAAUCACAUAAAAAAUCAUCAUUACAUUAACUAUGAAUAUAUUUAUGACUAUUCAAUAGGCGACUUUUAUAGGUUGUAUACAUUAUUGAGGGAACUUAAUUGGGCAGAACUUGAAAGGGCUGACAAUGUUGACAUGUGCACUCAUGUGUUCUAUCAAAAGGUUUAUGAAUGCUUAGACCUGGCAAUACCCAGAAAAAAAGUUAAAAUAGGCACUCGAAAACUCAAAAGUUUUCCAAAAUACUUCUCUCAAAAACUAAAGAAAAAUAUUAAGUUAAAGACACAUCUGCAUAGACAAAUUAAAAAAGGCACUGCCAAUUUUCAAAUUAGGAAUGAAUAUAGCAAAAUUAGAAGUACAGUGAAAUAUCAAACUGCACAUGAGCUUCGAACUUAUCAUGAGAAUAUCGAGAGAAAUGUCAAAACUAACCCAAAUAGCUUUUGGGAUUUUGUCAGGUCUGGGCGUUCAAGACCUGGUGUUCCGGCUGAGGUAUGCUAUGGAGAGUGUACUGUUAGAGGUGCUCAGGAAAUAGCUGACACAUUUGCAUUAUAUUUUAGCUCAGUAUUUCAACAGUCUGAAAAACCUAACUUUGAUAAAUCUAGUGGCAACUUUUCAUUCUCCAAGAUCUCUGUUUGGGGGGCUCCUUUUGGAAAGGACAAAUAAUAGGUAUUGAAGGACCAGCGUGAACUUCACACGCAAAAGAAAAUAAGAAAAAGAAAACAAUUACAAAUUUACGGCGUCAAUAACGACUUACCUGACACUCGAUUAAUUGGUAUACUGUAGAACUGUAGAUUAUGGUUGGCCGGCCAGUUUUCUCAUCACACACGCUAUUCUAUGUUUCGAUGCGUAUCGUACGAUGGUACCGAUCAAAAAGCCCGUCUCUCGCGGGAGGAAGCGUGCACCUGUCCAAGCCAUCAUUGACGCAUGCACGCGGAUAUGGAUUGUUAUUGGUCAAUUAAAAUAAUCAAUACUUCUAACAAAAUUGGCGGUGCAUUCAAAUACCCUUUAAAUUUGCCAAUUCCAAACAUUCCGCCCACCAAAAAAUAGAUUUUUUUCUCUUAGGCAACUUAAAAGGUCAAGUGUGUAAUCACACCUGAUAAGGAUUUCCAUAGCAAAACUCCUCAAUAAACAACAAAAUAAAAAUGGUUAGCUAAUUCAAAUUAUAAUUUCAUCCAUUGGUAGAACAACACACAACCGAGAAAAUAAUGAAAAAAGGAAAAAAAAAGGAAAUAAUAAAAUAAACAAAGAAUGGUCUCAAACUUAUUGAGAUGGCAAAGGAUCCAGGGGUCGGUCCAAUAGUCCUUUCGUUGUACGAAUUUGCACAACUCUGGGAACGUUAUCGGGACUGGAGUAAAUCCUUUCCAGCCUACCAAUAAGCCAAUUAAGAGGGGGUUGGUUAUUGUCUUUGAUUACGACAAGAGAGCCAACUUUUGGACAACGGUCAGGGAGAGUCCAUUUAUUGCGUUGUUGCAAUCGAUUUAGGUAUUCCAAAGACCAACGUUUCCAGAAGCUUUGGUGCAAUUGCUGAAUCAAUUGCCAACGUUUCAGUCGAUGAAAAGGGAUAUCGAUUAGUGCCUCAUCAGGAGGGGCGGUAAGAGCUUCCAUGGUCAGGAAAUGACCAGGAGUCAGACACUCUAAAUCAUUGGGGUUGGAACUCAUCUCACAGAGUGGUCUGGAAUUCAAAAUGGCUUCACAUUGCGCCAAAACAGUGGACAUUUCCUCAAAGGAUAAUACUUGUUGACCUAUCACUCUCGCAAGAUGCGCUUUAACCGAUUUAACACCUGCCUCCCACAGGCCUCCGAAGUGUGGUGCGGAAGGCGGAUUAAAGUGCCAUUGAAUAUGCAACGUUUCCGCCGAACCCUGCAGAUAGGACAAAAGCAUUCGGGAAGCACCUAUAAAAUUGGUGCCUUGGUCACUGUACAUAUCAGAGCAUCUGCCACGACGUGAAACAAAGCGUCUAAAUGCCGCUAAAAAGCAUUCAGAGGACAAAUCGGACGCUACUUCUAGGUGUAGGGCUUUGGUAACCAUGCACACAAACAGACAUAUAUAGCCCUUUUGGCUUUGAACACCUCUACGCCUAGACAUGGUAAGUGGUAUGGGGCCCAUAUAAUCCACUCCACACUGUGAAAAUGGUUUAACUUGGGAAAUACGAACUUUGGGUAUAUCACUCAUGAAGGGGGAAAACGGAAUUGGUUUCACUCUAUGACAUCUAAAACAUUGGGAUAGGACAGAAUUUACGGCUCUACCAAUAGAUAAGAUCCAAAAUUGCCGUCUUAAAAGAUAUUGUAAAAGACGUGGACCAGGAUGGCCAUGAUCUUUAUGAAACAUUUCAAUAAUUAACGAGGUCAAUCGAUGAUCUCUGGGAAGAAGCAUGGGAUGCUUGGCAUCAAAUGGUAAAUCAGAAUGGCGCAGACGUCCGCCCACCCUGACGACUCCAUGGGAGUCCAAAAACGGGGCAAGUUUUCUAAAGGGUUUAGGGGUAGCUAAAUUGGUUUUUAGGCAUUUAAUUUCCUCAACAAAGACUUUGUCUUGGACAGAUUUAACAAUGAUACAAGUAGCUUGAUAUAUCUCAUCAGCACUUAAACUUUGGGAUAAGGGAAGUGAUCUUUUCUUUAGACCUUUAUCCCGGAACCGUAUACAAUAUGCUACGAUGUGUUGAACAGUUUUUAAGGAAGAAAACCGCUCAAGCAGCCUAAUUACAACACAUGAAUUUUCUGGUAUGGUUAAAUUACAAGUAACUUUGCGUUCUUCUUGAAGCGCAAUCGGAUUAUCCUUUGGAUCGAACUCUAAAGGGGUUGGCCAGAGUUCGUGAGACAACUUUAACCAUGGGGGGCCAUUGAACCAUAACGGAUGGUCAAGCAAUUGCUUGGGCAACAAACUACGAGAAAGGCAAUCAGCAGGGUUUCCUACACCACUGAUGUGAAACCACCUAUUGGGAGGAAUUCUAUCUUGGAUCUGCUGAACACGAUUGGCUACGAAAGUCUUAAGCCGGGAAGGAUGACUUUUAAUCCAAUACAAGGCUACACUGGAGUCAGACCAAGCAUAGAUUCUGUCAAAUUUAAUGGGAGAAUUGGUAAUCACAAAAUGCAUCAAAUUGGAAAGAAGCAAGGCUGCACAUGUCUCCAAUCGGGGAACGGAUAGAACCUUUAAAGGACACACCUUACUUUUUGCGCAUAGUAAAUUUACAUGUACGUUACCUUCAGAAUCAAUUUGUCUCAUGUAUAAGACACCACCAUAGGCUAACAAAGAUGCAUCACAAUAACCAUGUAAUUCAGUGCAAACAGCAUCAGAAAUAGUUACGUGACGUGGAAUCGCAAAUGAGGAUAAUAAAGGAAGUUGGGAGACAUACACUUGCCAUUGGCUAAUGACAUCUGAAGUAGGAACUUCAUCCCAUCCAACGCCUUGAAUCCAAAGACGCUGAAUAAGGCACUUGGCAACUAAUACAACUGAAGCUACAAACCCUAAUGGAUCAUAAAUCUUGGCUAUUUCGGACAAGAUAACUCUUUUGGUGCACUCACGCGCGAUUGGUUUUACCGAAUAGGAAAAUACAUCUAACACUGGGUUCCACUGUAACCCCAGAAUUUUUAAGGUACAAUUGGCAUUGUCAUUAAAGGAGAUAUUGUGUUGAUGUGAUUCAGGCACUAGGGAUAACAACUUCUUACAAUUAGAGGUCCACUUUCGAAGCUCAAACCCACCGCAAAAGAGUAAAUCUGUUAAUUGCUUCUGAAGUUCUAAGAUUCCUUUAACUGAAUGACCAAGACCAAUUAUAUCAUCCACGUAAGUUGACUUUAAAAGAAUGUCACGAGCAAGGGGGAAUUCUUUUCCAUAAUCCUUGGCUAAUUGGUGUAAGGUUCGGAUUGCCAAAUAUGGACUACAAUUUAGACCAUAAGUGACAGUACACAAGGUAUAUUCUUGAAUAGGGUUUGAAGGAUCAAACCUCCAUAAAAUCUUUUGGUAUUUUAAAUCUUGUUCAUGGAUGCCGAUCAUUCUAUACAUUUGGCGAAUAUCGGUGCUAAACACAAUGGGGAAAAAUCUAAAGGUUAACAAAAUGGUAACAAUAUCGUUUUGGAGUUUUGGACCUGGCAAUAAAACAUCAUUUAAGCUAAGGUUAUUAGAGCCUUUUGAGGAUCCGUCAAAUACAACUCUAAUUUUAGUAGUUCCACUGUCAUCUUUGACAACACAAUGGUGAGGAAAAUAAUAUGAAAGAUUGUCAGCGGAAGUACAGGGUAUCAUGUGGUUUUGAUCCAAAUAAUCUUGCAUAAAAUCGUAAUACAAGCUUCGAAGACUUGGAUUUCUAAUCAAUCUGUUCUCCAACAAAUUGAAACGUCUCAAGGCUUGAUGUCUGGUAUCACCCAAGUCAAUGUCUGGUUGCUUAAAGGGAAGACGCACUACAUAGCGUCCAUCAGGUUUUUGAGAACAAGUGGAAACAAAGAAAUCUUCACAUUUCUGUUCCUCAGGACUCAAGAGAACCUUAUCUGGAACAUCCUCAAGCUCCCAAAAUUUAUGCAAAUUGAUAUCAAGAGGACUUUCAACUGGGAUGGUACUUGGCACAUAGGUACACAAUGACACAAAUUCAUUAGUGGGAGUAUUAUUGCCACCUAUUAAAAUCCAUCCAAAUAUGGUUUUAAUAGCACAUGGACUACCAUUGAUACUUUUCCUAAAACCUGGGAGAAUAAUCUCAGAAAACAAAGGAACACCUAGGAGCAAAUCUAUACCAUGGGGUACAGCAAAAUUCUUGUCGGCUAAUUCAAGACCUCUCAAAUGUUUCCACUUGGAGGGAUUAAUUGGAAAGGUUGGGGUAUUUUCACAAAUGGAAUGCACAACAAUUGCUUCAAAUUCCAAACAUGGGCCAGUUGUGGACAAAACCUUUAGCUUAACUGUACCUAAUGACGAAGCUGUAGACAUAUUGUUUAUGCCUUGAAUAGGAAUUUGGCUAGGUGUAAUGGGUAGAGCAAGUUGCUGUACACAAGAUAAGGUCACAAAAUUAGCCACACUAGCACAGUCAAGCAUAGCACGACAAGGAAACAAAUCUUGAGAAAUAUUGUACACUGAUAUUUCAGCUGUAGCAAACAAAGUAGGUUCUUCAUGGGAAAGCACACUUGUCAAGCAAGGCACUACAAACCUUGGUUCCAAGACAUCUAGGAACACUAUGAGUCCUGGAGAAACAAUUGAAACACAUAUGCUGCUGUUUAACAAAGGAAUAUCUUACUGAAACCUCUGCUUCAAUAAACUUGGUACACUUUACAAGGGGGUGUGAACUCAGGUUGCAGAACAAACAUUUCUGCUCGGUAUUCUAUGAUAUAUCUAUUCUAUAGAUUCUAUAGUAUAUCUCUGAAAUGCAAAUUCAAGCAGCCAUUAAGAGAUUAAAAUCAAAAAAGGUCACUGGCAAUGAUAGUAUCCCCUCAUACGUUUAUAAAGCUGUUCUGAUAUCUUGUGCACUCCAUUAAAAACCAUUUUUAAUUUGUGUCUAAAAACAAACACAUUUCCAGAAGUGCUUAAAUAUGCUUUGGUUACUCCAAUCCUCAAAUCAGGAGAUAAUUCUUUGGUUGACAACUACAGACCAAUUAGCGUUCUUAAUUCUCUCGCAAAAAUUUUUGAAAACAUUUUAUACCAAGAUAUUUUGAGCUCUUUCAUGAAUAAAUUCUCUCAGCAACAACAUGGAUUUCUACCAGAUGCCUCAACUGUCACCAACCUCAGCACUUUGACUGAGGCAGCUGCCAAUGCAGUAGAUAGCCAAGAGCAGCUAGAUGUUGUCUUGACAGAUUGUGCAAAGGCUUUUGAUCGGGUUGACCAUGUGCUGUUGGUGAAUAAGUUGGGUAAAUUUGGUUUCUCGCUGAAAGCAUGUAGGUUUAUGGUAUCUUAUCUUACCGGAAGGCCUCAGCAAGUUAAAGUUGGUAAAAAAUUGUCAAAUAUAUAUAUAUAGUAACAUCUGGGGUGCCUCAGGGCAGUAACCUUGGGCCUCUCUUAUUUCUAAUUUUUCUGAACGAUUUGCCAAACUGUAUAAGCAUGUCUCGUGUUUGCUGAUGAUUUUAAAUUAUUUAUGCACAUAACAUCUCUUAUUGAUUGUCUUGAGCUGCAAAUUGAUUUGAACUUGGUGGCCCAGUGGUUCAGAGAAAAUAAAAUGUCAUUAAACAUAGAUAAAUGUAAAAUUCUAACCUUCACAAGAAAAAUGCAAUUUAUAAAUUUUGAUUACAAAAUUGAUAAUUUAUCUUUAACUAGGAAAAGUAAAUUUAGGGAUCUUGGAGUCUGUUUUCAAACAAAUCUCAAAUUUAAGCAACACUAUGAAACUAUUGUAAACAAAGCAUAUAAGCUUCUUGGUUUUGUAAUAAGAAAUACAAAACAUUUUAAAGAAAUAAAAUUAAUAAUAAUUCUGUACAACUCACUGGUCAGACCGAUCUUGGAGUAUGCCUCAGUUAUCUGGGCACCUAAAGCAAUGGUGCAUAUUAAUAUGAUUGAAAGGGUCCAAAAAAAUAUAUUUUUAAGAUACUUGUACUUAAGAACACAUAAUGCAUAUCCUUAUAUGAUCUCCUAUAAUAGUAUGCUAAUUGAAUUUAAAAUGGUACGAUUGAGUGUUAGGCGUAAUAUGAAUGAUGUCUUAUUUAUUUACUACAUAACUAACAACUUAAAAUAUAAGAACUGUUCUUUAAUUAAUCAUCUAUCAUUUGCUGUUCCUAAAAUCAAUUUGAGAAUAAGAAAUAACAAUCUUUUCCAGUGUUCACCCUCAAGUUGUUCGCCAUUUAAUAGAAUGAUGCAAGAAUGUAAUAAUUAUAUACAAAAAUAUGAUAUAGAUCUCUUUAAUAUUAGUAUUCGCCAAAUUAAGACUGAUUUUGUAUCCUUAUCUGAUUAAUCAUUUACUUGUUAAUCUGUUCUUUUUGUUUUUGAUUUUUAAUUGUAAGUAGGUGUAUUUUAUUAAAUGUUGUUAGUUUUAGUGUCGGUUUAGUUUCAUCAUUAUUAUUGGUUUUCCUUUUUCUUUCUGCAAGCCAGUAAGCACUCCCACAUAUAAUUACAUUUCAAAUGUGUUUGUAAGAGUAUAAAUAAAUAAAUAAGUUUCAACAAGUUAGCCUCUAUAUACAGUGCCGGCCAAAAGUGGAGAAACUUUUAAUAUUUUUAUUUUUUUUUUAUUAAAACUAAUUCGAAGUAAUUGUAAGUAAUGUUUAUAGUUAUAUCUAGUAGUGACGAAAAUAAUUAGAAAAAAAAAUUGAAAACAAAUAAUUUAUUACAAAAUAUGCAAACAAAAUUUAUUUUCUCUAAGGACAAAAAUGGAGAAACUUUUCAUUUUUAUGACAUAAUUAUGUUAUAAUACAAAAUGUGGAUAAAAGCACACUAAUACUUUGUGGCAUAACCGUUAUUCUUCACAACUUCACUACACCAUCUUGGCAUAGAUUCAAGAAGAUUGUGUAUAAUAUCUCCGGAAAUUUCACUCCAUGUUUCUUUUAGGACUUGGAAUAAUUUCGUCUUUACUUUGGAACUUAUUCGGAUUUUUUUGUCGAACUUUUUGUCUAGGUGCUCCCACAAGUUCUUGAUGGGAUUUAAAUCUGGACUUUGAGCUGGCCACUUCAGAACUUGAAUUUGUUGAGAGGUUAGGAAAUUUUUUACAAUUUUAGAAGUGUGCUUGGGGUCGUUAUCAUGCUGGAAUUUCCAAAUUAACGGCAAAUUAUCCUCGGCGUAGGGAAGCAUAUUAUUUUUAUUUUUUAUUUUUUUUUUUAUUUAUUUGGAGGGAUCAGUACACCCUGACUCCCUGCCACAUUUAUUUACAGUAAUUUUAUAAAAAGAAAAAUUAUGUACGAACAAAAAAAAAUAUAUAUAUUAUUACACUGUAUCUAUCUUAAAUUAACGCCUAGGUGUUCAUAACACACCUGUGUGCGCUGUUGUUUCAAAAAAAAGUUGGUUCUAUUUUUCGAAUUAUAAUAAACUUGCUUAACUAACCUUAAAACUAUUGUGAUAAAUCCUGCUCUCGAUUUUAUAUUUUUUUGUCCUAGUUUUAAAUGAAAUAUUUUUGUCCUUUUAGUCCUAAACACCUACGUCUCUCAACAAUUGCAUAACACUUGUAUUCCUUAAGAUGUUUAGAUAAUAUUGGCUAUUCAUGAUCCCAUCUAUUCUCACCAGUGGGCCAACGCCAUGCCCGGAAAAACAUUCCCACACCAACACAUUACCGCCUCCAUGUUUGAUUGUGGGAAUAGUGUACUUUGGGUUGAAUUUGUCAUUCUCCGGACGUCUAACCCAUCUCAUACCAUCUGACCCAAAUAAAUUGAACUUACUUUCAUCUGACCAUAAAACGUUUUUCCAUUGAUUAUAGGUCCAAUGUAAGUGUUCUUUUGCCAAUCUUAAACGAAUUCGUCUAUUUUUCGUUGAAAUGAAAGGUUUUUUUACCGGUCUCCUGGCUUUUAAGUUGGCGUCACAUAAUAAUAUAUAAUAAAUGGCGUCUUCGAAUAGAUCGACCUGAAAGGGAAAUGCUGUGAUAUGCCUUUUUUAUAUCUUCGGCGGAGAAAAAUGGAUUUCUUAUCAUCGUUAGAACAUCGUCUAAUUAGCUUGUCAUUUGCAGAUGUUGUUUUUUUGGGUCUACCUGGCUUGGAGAUGCUGGCAGUAGUGCCUCUAGUUUGCCACAAUUUGAUUUGUUUACAAAUGACACUUUUAUGAAGAUCAAGUGCUCUAGCGAUUGUUACUUGUUUCACUCCCGCAUUGUGCUUCUCAAUUAUAAGUUUUUUUAUUUGUUCAGAUAAAUGUAUACCUCAAGGCAUUUUAAUACUAAAUAGGCUUCUUCACAAUCGAAAACGAACUGCUUCAAACGAGACCUAUUUAAUUUAAAAUAUUUAAUACAAAAAGUUUCUCUAUUUAUGUCCUCAAGUAAAAAAAACAUUGAUGACUAUUUACAUUCCUGUGAUAAAUAUUCAAACUGUUUUGGUAUGAAUUUAUGGCUUAGGCUAAGAUAAACAUUUUUAAUACAUGGUGUCACAAAAAUUUUGAAUAGAUUAUUAUAUUAGAAAAUAAAUUAAAAGUUUCUCUACUUUUGGCCGGCACUGUAGAUAACUUUGGUUUGGUAAAAAUUACCUUUAAGAUAUUGUAUUUCUGGGUAAUCACAAGGGCUUCAGAAUGGUUCUGCUCCAUUUUGUUAUGCAGUAAUUUAAAAUUGAUUCUACCAAGGCUUCAUAGAUCGUCAUUACGGUUAUUGUCUUAACUGACAAAAUUUAUAAGUUUACUAGUAAAAAUUUAUUCAAUAUAGUGCAACACUAGAUCUUCAUCUAAAGUAACACCUAAAUAUUUUAUCUUUGUCUGUCUUUUUAUUUGUUGGCUGCAGAGACAACAACAAAAAGCAAACAAACAAGAAUAAAGUUAACCCAAGUUGCAUUGCAAGUAUUGUAAACCCUCUUGUAGGUUUACAAUACUUGCAAUUAACAAUGCUUCAUGAUAAAAUUCUUU